UUGAAUUUAUUCCUCUGCGUUCAACUACAGCUGAUUCCAUCGCUACAGCACUAAAAGAGCGUCUUGCUGUCAUCCUUCCAGAGGAUCAGAAGAAUAAACUCAUCUCCCAAGCGUAUGAUGGAGCCAGCAUGAUGAGGGGUGCCACUGCAGGUGUUCAAAGGAAGAUGCAAGAUGUGUACCCAAAUGCCCAUUACAUCCACUGCUAUGCACAUCAACUCAAUCUGAUAAUGCAACAGGCCACUUCUCACAUACCCAAAGUGAGAAUUUUUUUUUCUGACCUUGGAGGAUUUGCCAGCUUUUUCUCAAGAUCACCCAAGUGCACAGGUGUUCUUGAUAAAGUAGUUGCCCAUAGACUACCAACAUCAAGCAGAGUCAGAUGGAACUUCCACAGCCGUGCCAUCAAUUCAGUGUUUGAGCACAGAGAGGACCUCAUCUGCUGUUUUCAAACUAUACGAGACUCAGGUGACUUUGACCCUGUUACCGUCAGAGAGGCAGGAACCUUUGCCAUGCUGCUGGAGGAUCAGGAUUUUAAUUUUUUUCUGCAACUUUUCCACAACAUCAUGCCACAUGUGGACCACUUCUAUGCCAAACUCCAGAAGAAGGACAUAGAUUCAGUCCACAUCAGGGGGAGCAUCCAGCAGUUCCAGCAGGACAUACAGAAGAUCAGAAAUUCUCUCCAUUCCCUGGUUGACCAAAGCAGUGAAGGUGGUUCUCAACCGAAGAGGCGGCGGUCACUCAGUCCAGAGGUCCAUGAACGGAUUGCAGCAGAAGUGAGUUUUUAUUGCAGUCAAAAUAAACCAUUACCAACAAGAUUACUAUUCCUUGUUUGUGGGAUCAAUGUGAGGAGCAAUAAUAUGGUAGUCACCAAAGACUUUUACAAUUACCCACAGAAGGAAGUCUUUUCAGAGACUGUAACUCUCCUAAAGAUUCUUGUAACCACACCCAUGACCACAGCAGAAGCUGAGAGGUGCUUCUCAACCUUGAAAAGAAUUAAAACUUACCUGAGAAAUAACAUGACCCAAGAGAGGCUGAAUGCAUUGGCCAUGCUGUCAAUGGAGAAGAGACUGGUGACUGAGAUGACUGACUUUAACCAGGUCAUUGAGAAAUUUGCAAGCCAGAAAGAGAGGAGAGCAAAAUUUAUUUUCAAGUAG